AUGGGUAUAAUAACGCUAUUUACUGCGUUAUUGAACCAUAUAAACCGUGCAAUGUUACACUCCUUAACCAGAAAAACUUAUGGAAACGUAAUAAGAACUAUUGGUGCCCCCAAACCAGUCCCCAAAUUUCGCCUGAUACCUUCCUACGCCUAUGAAGAAAGAAACAACUGUUUUGCUGUUUAUAAGCAAACGUUGAACGCUGUGGUACGAAAUAAGGUCCAGAGACUUACUGAAUCGCACCAAUGGUUCACGACUUUAUCAAUUUUAAUUUGUGUAGUGCUUGGAUGCAGUUGUCUCUUUAGAUGGAACAAGAAAACCCCGGCGAGUAAAGCACCCGAGAAGAAAACUGAACCGCAAGUUGUGUCUCAGUUUCCACCCAGAGAACCGCUGAUUGUUCGUCAAUGGAACAAGUAUGCACUGGGAAUUCAAAUUAUGACCGCGGCUUUUAAGGCUCAGGUGUUUCUGGCCCCGAAUAUCACCAGUGAAGAUGUUGAGGUAUGCCGAUCGGUAGACCCAGAUCCCAGUGAACUGAAAGAGGAGACGAAUGAGACUUACUCUGAUCUAUUAGAGAUUUAUGAUGAUGAAGUCGACAGCGAAUUUCAUGAUAAUAUGGAACCAAGUGUGAGCUCGAUAAGAACGAGGAAAAGAAGACGAACGAAGCAGCAAGAUGUAGUUGCUGGUGACAGCUUCUCAGACCCAUACAUUGAUGAUACGAUAAGGUUUUUAAAGCUGAUGUCCCGCCUAAGUAACUCGGAGGUUCAUGCUCUGGCAAUUGACUUGAUUCAGCAUGUACUUCGUGGACAAAAUUCAGAAACCGCUGUUGGAGUGUUAUCACUCCUUUGCAAAAUCGACUACAUUGGAAGAAAUGAGGAUGUUUCGACAGCUAUUGGCAUCAUUCGAAAUUCCAUUGGAGCUAAUUUGCUUACUCUAUUCACAGCAGCUGUGACAUCGUUGCCUGACUACGCUCCGUUAUUGGAUAUGACCAUCGAUUAUGUCUUAUACUCGGAGGAUAGCGAGAUAGAGAGCAAUGUCUUGGGAGAAUAUUACAGAUAUUUGAUUCAAUACGCUUUCUUUGAGGAAGAUUCGCCUUUCAGUCACAUUGUGCUUCAUUCGUUUGGAAGGGUGAUUUGUGCACUCGAUAUAGCCGCAUACGAGGAAACGUUCCUACAAUUAUGCAUAACCUACUUUGAAUCGAAAGACAGAACCGACAUCAAGAGCUUUGAAAUGAUUCGUAUCAUGAAAGAUUUUAUGUCUUAUCACAAAGAAAGAGUGCGAGACGAACUUGUAUUUGAUCCACAUGCUAAUAAGUCCCACUCACUAGCGUACAAGAACUUGAAAAUUUUUCUACAGAUACUACCAAUUGUGGUGUACGAUACCCAGGCAUGGAACAAUACAAAAGCACUCGUCGAAGCAAAUCAGUUUUAUCAUUUCGCAGCCGAUUUGCUCAUAAACCGGCGCCAGAUUCCUCUCGCUAUACAAAUCGAUUUGCUUGCAAAUUUUUUUUCUCCCAUCUACAAGGUCCUUGAUACCUAUUGCGAUUUAGGGCACUAUGUAAUCAAUCCCCCCAUUCUACAAGGGGUGCAGCUUGGAGAGUCUUUAUUCAAGUAG